GAGAUUACCGUGGGACAGUGUUGGUGGGGGGCUCCACCGCCCACAAGCUCUUCUGUCUCGCGUUCGCCUUUUGCAUGGGAGAGCAGCCAUGACUCGAUUCGAUGGCCCAUCACCAUAGCCCCUCAUCCUCUGCAACUUCUCCCUUCCUGUACGCUUAUCAUAAUUGUCUCAUACGGGUCUUCCCUGAAAUCCAAGAUCACCAUACAGUACAGAGCAGAUUGACUUGAUUUCUCAGAGCUUCAGAUUGGCCUUUGUGGAGUUUUGCGCUUUGAAUUUGAUUUGUUUGAACUUGAACUUGCUCAAUUUUGAUUCACUCAGCUGGGUUCUCUACUGCUUACAAGAAAGAUACCUCAUUCCUGAGAAGAGGGAUUUCCAACUCUUGGAUCUGGAGUUAUGGGGGUUUCAAGCUCUAGAAUAGAAGAAGACAAGGCUCUGCAGCUAUGUCGUGAAAGGAAAAAGUUUGUGAAGCAAGCCCUUGAUGGCAGAUGCUCACUUGCAGCUUCUCAUGUUACUUAUGUUGACUCACUAAACAGUGUAGGAACUGCUCUUCGGAAGUUUGUAAAACCCCAAGCUCCUGUCGAGUCAUCCUUGUACACUUCCACUAAUGCAACACCAGAGCCACUUGCUUUAACUGAAAAGUCCCUUUCCCAGUUUUCAUUCUCUUCUCCUGCUCUGUCACAACGCGUGGAUGCAACAGAAACUUUUUCUCCAUCUCCUUCGCCUACUUAUUCUAGUCGGUUUCAGGCAAACCACAUGAAAUUCAGGGGCAGCUUUUCGAGAAAAGUAGAAGAAAAACCUUCUUUACCUGUUCUGGGGACAGUGACAUCCUCAACUACCCCACAAAAUACCACACCUCGAUCUGGAGAAAUACCUGAAAAAUCGCCAUUUGAAGCUGAUCCCCUCUCCAAUGGAACUCCAGCUUGGGAUUACUUUGGCCUUUUCCAUUCGACUGACAAUCAGUUUUCUUUUACAGAAGGUGGAAGAUGGAAUCAGGAUUUGGAGAGUGCUGAUGAUGUUAGACGGCUUAGGGAAGAGGAGGGAAUUCCUGAGUUGGAAGAUGAAGAAGAUAAAGAAUCUUUUUCUUCGAGGGAAAGAGAUGAGUCUCAGGAAUCUGAAGAUGAAUUUGAUGAACCUUCUACAGAUACAUUAGUUCGAAGUUUUGAAAAUCUUAAUAGGGCUUCCAAUCAUGAGGCCAGUGCAUCCCAUCAUGUUGAGUCCAUUGCUUCAACACCUAUGCCUUCUGCAAAAAGUGUAGCUUCAGAAACUGAGCCCUUAAGCCAUGAGAAAAACAGUUCUCCUAAUCUGUCACCAUUGCAAACUGCAUCAUCAGCAGUUGCAGCACCUACUGAUACAAAGAGAAUGCCAGUCAAAGAAGAUGGUAUUGAAAACAAGGUUUCCCCUAAGGAUUUGUUUUCAAGCAUGAAAGAUAUUGAAUAUCUCUUUAUUAAAGCUUCUGAUUCUGGAAAAGAAGUUCCAAGGAUGCUUGAAGCAAAUAAGUUACAUUUUCGUCCAAUAACCCAAAGCGAAGAAGCAGGUGGGUCAGUGGCAUCUACAAUAUUUAAGGCUUGUUUUUCUUGUGGAGAAGACCCACGCCAUGUUCCUGAAGAGCCCGCACAAACAUCUGUGAAGUACUUAACUUGGCAUAGGACAGUAUCAUCUCGUUCAUCUCCAUCAAGGAAUCCUCUUGGCUCGAACUCUAAUGCUGGUAUUGAGGAUCUGCAUGGUGAUCUCUUCGAGAAUGUCUGCAUGAUCUCGGGCAGUCAUGCCUCAACCCUAGAUAGGCUUUAUGCAUGGGAGAGAAAGCUUUAUGAUGAAAUCAAGGCUAGUCAAACGGUCAGAAAUGAGUAUGACAUGAAGUGUAAAAUUCUGAGACAACUAGAGUCGAAGGGAGAAAGUUCUCACAGGAUUGAUAAAACUCGUGCAGUGGUCAAAGAUCUACACUCAAGGAUCAGAGUUGCAAUUCACAGGAUUGACCAUAUAUCAAAGAAGAUUGAGCAAUUAAGGGACAAAGAGCUCCAGCCGCAGCUUGAAGAGUUGAUCAAAGGGUUAAGUCACAUGUGGGAAGUGAUGUCUGAAUGCCACAAGCUCCAAUUUCACAUAAUCUCAGUAGUACAUAGCAAUGGCAACACCAGAGUAUCAAUCGGAUCAGAAGAUCAUAGGCAGAUUACCAUCCGCCUUGAAAGCGAAUUGAGCUAUCUGUCUUCAAGUUUCUUGAAAUGGAUUGGUGCUCAGAAGUCCUACUUGCAGGCAAUAAAUGGAUGGCUUUUAAAAUGUGUCUCUUUACAACAGAAACCUUCUUCCAAGAGGAAAAGCAGGGCACAAAAUGAUAACUGGAAAAAUUCUGGUCCACCCAUAUAUGUCACAUGUGGUGCCUGGUUGAACAAGCUCAAUCAACUGCACCCUAAAGAUGUUGCUGAUUCUAUAAAAGGUUUAGCAGCUGAAAUCAGCCACUUCUUACCACGUCAAGAAAAAGGCCAGGGGAGGAGUAUGAAUAAUCUUCGAUCAAACGCUAGUGAUUCAACAGCUGAUCUCUUGGUAGACACGGAUGGAACUUCAGAUGACUGGAACUUUGGUUUUGAUCGUUUUCGAUCAAGCUUGGUGGGUUUCCUUGGUCAGUUAAAUAAAUUUGCCAAGGACUCCGUGAACAUGUACACACAGCUUGAAAAUGAGAUUGGAACUGCCAAGAGGAAUUAUGAACAAAAGAAUAAUCAAGACCGUAGAUGCUGAAAAAGACUUGUGCUGAAGAUUAAAUGCUGGAAGUUUACAAUUCCAUCACAACAGGAGGUUCACAUAAAGCAUUUGGAUGGGAGAUUCACUUAGGCAUGGCACCUUUGUAUAUGGAGAAAAAGAAAUAAAUGGGUAUUUGGGGUUGGGGAUUCUUCCCAUUUUAAUUUAAAGAGCAAAUAAAGUAGGCUUUUUCUUUCUUUCCCAUUGUGUAAAAGUUAAAGAGGUGUUAUAAAUGGGGUUGUUUGGAGGUCAAAGCUGUUGUAACUAGGCAUUCAUAAGAAGUGUUUUUAGUUUUUUGGCAGUCUUAAGCACCUGUACAGCCAUUGUAAGCCAAGACAUUAUGUGGAGGAAAUCCACCCCUCAUGUCCUUUUUAUUGAUCAUAUAAUAAUUUCAGGGGUGCAUUCUUGUUU